AUGAGCAUCACGAGGGCCUCCAAUGAACAUACCGAGAAGCCGGACGUGUCCGAGACAGAAGAUGGCCAUGGGCUUAGCGAAAAAGACCGCAUCGACGGCAUCGCGACCGCCCCCGGCACGACACUCGAGUCUUUUGCGCAUCUAGACGAGAAGAAAGUCCUCAGAAAGAUGGACGUUCGUCUUAUUCCCAUGCUGGCGCUUCUGUACCUGCUUUCAUUUUUGGACCGUGAGAUUCCUCUUCUCCUUGCCGUCUCUGGCAGCUUCGUAGAGCUGAUCUUGUGUCUAGGUGGCAACAUCGGCAAUGCCAAGAUCGAAGGCCUUCAGGAAGACCUACACAUGUCAGAUGACCAGUACAACUGGUGUCUCACUGUCUUCUUUUUUACUUAUGCCGCCUUCGAGGUCCCAAGCAAUCUGUUACUGAAGAAGCUCAGGCCCAGCGUUUGGCUCCCCACCAUCAUGGUCGCAUGGGGUAUUGUGAUGACUCUCAUGGGCAUCGUGCAAAGCUACCACGGGCUUCUCAUUGCUCGUAUCUUCCUGGGAGUAACCGAGGCUGGCUUGUUCCCUGGCGUAGCAUACUAUCUCACAAUGUGGUACUGUCGCCACGAGAUCCAGUUCCGUCAGGCGCUGUUUUUCUCCGCAGCUUCUAUUGCAGGCGCGUUCAGCGGCCUCUUGGCAUUCGGCAUCUCAAAGAUGAACGGUGUUGGUGGUCUGGAAGGAUGGCGUUGGAUCUUCAUUCUCGAGGGCAUCGUCACUGUUCUCGUCGCCGUGUGGGCAUUCUUUGCGUUGCAUGACUUUCCUGAGACAGCCUCCUUCCUAUCAGAAGAGGAGCGCGCCUUCGUCGUUUUUCGUCUAAAGUAUCAAAGCCAAAUCAAGGGCAAGCAGAUCGGCCAGGUCGCUGUCCCCGAAGCUGAGGAAUUCAAGUGGAGAUAUGUCGGCGAUGCCUUUAAGGACUGGCAGAUCUGGGUAAACAUCUUCGUGUACUGGGGGUAUUCACAGAUUGUUUGCCCUCUUUACGGCAUCAGCCUAUUCCUACCUACGAUCAUCCGCAAUCUUGGAUACACAUCGAGCACGGCGCAGUUGAUGACAGUCCCGAUUUACAUCACCGCUGCGAUUCUGGCGGUCAUCAUUGCCUACAUCUCCGACAAGGUCGGCAAGCGAAGUCCCUUCAUCGUGGGCUUCUUGUGCGUGAUGAUCGUCGGCUUCUCCAUGUGUUUGGCCUCUGCCAACCCCCGCGUUGUCUAUGCAGGUGUCUUCAUUGCGGCCUGUGCCAUCUACCCAGCAUUCCCUGGUGUCAUUACUUGGCUGGCGAACAACUUGGGCCGGCAGCUACAAGCGAAUCAUCAGGCUAUGGCGUCAAACUUUUACAGAGGCGAAGAUUCGCCCCGUUAUAUCCUCGGGCAUGCGCUCGAGAUUGGCUUCAUCUGCGCGGGCAUCAUUGCGGCAUUGAUACUAAUCUUUAGCUAUACAACCAUCAACAAGAAGCGCGACCGCAAACUGGCCGCCGGCGAGGACAGUCACUAUACAGCACAAGAACUGUCAAGCAAGGGAGAUAGAGCGCUGACCUGGAGGUACAUGUACUAG